GUGAGCACCGCCCCUUUCGGACCUGCUGGGGAGACUGGCUUCGGGCGCCUGCUUCUCGUUCCGCUUCCCCUCCCGCCCCUGUAGCUCAAAGCCGAGAAUCGAAACUGUGCUGUGAUCCAUGCAGCAAGAGCCUGCACCCGCCCGAUCUCCAGGUCCCCAGCAAGACCCCGCACUUCCCCACACGCCCACCAUGCCUCCCCCGGAGUCCGUCCCCGAAGGCCACCAGCCCAGCCCCAGCCACAGCCCCACGGAGCAAGCCUUUGAGGAGGAGUUCCAGUUCCUGCGCUGCCAGGGCUGCCAGGCAGAAGCCAAGUGCCCCAAGCUGCUGCCUUGUCUGCACACGCUGUGCUCGGGAUGCCUGAAGGCGCCGGACAUGCGGUGCCCGAUCUGCCAGGCGCCCGGGCCCCUAGGUGCUGACUCACUGGCCCUGGAUAACGUCUUCUUCGAGAGUCUACAGCGGCGCCUGUCGGUGUACAGGCAGAUCGUGGACGCGCAGGCCGUUUGCGCCCGCUGCAAAGAAUCUGCGGACUUCUGGUGUUUCGAGUGCGAGCAGCUCAUCUGUGCCAAGUGCUUCGAGGCGCACCAGUGGUUCCUCAAGCACGAGGCCCGGCCCCUGGCGGAGCUCCGCAGCCAGUCGGUGCGGGAGUUCCUAGAUGGCACGCGCAAGACCAACAACAUCUUCUGCUCCAACCCCAACCAUCGCACCCCGAUGCUGACGAGCAUCUACUGCAGAGGCUGCUCCAAGCCGCUGUGCUGCUCGUGCGCGCUUCUGGAUAACAGCCACAGCGAGCUCAAGUGCGACAUCAGCACCGAGAUCCAGCUGCGGCAGGAAGAGCUGGACACCAUGGCGCAGGCGCUGCAGGAGCAGGACCGCGUCUUUGGCGCGGCGCACGCGCGCAUGCGCUCGGCCGCCAGCGAGCUGGGCCGCGUGCGUGCGGAUACCGAGGAGCUGAUCCACACCCGCGUGCGCCAGCUGGUGGCGCACGUUUUGGCCCAGGAGCAAGAGCUGCUGGAGGGGGUGAACGCGCAAUACCAGCGCAGCUAUGAAGAGAUAGCGGGCCAGCUGGGCCGCCUGGAAGCUGUGCUGCAGCGCAUCCGCAUGGGCGGUUCGCUGGUGCAGAGGAUGAAGCGCUACGCCUCUGACCAGGAGGUGCUGGACCUGCACGGUUUCCUGCGCGAGGCGCUCAGCCGCCUGCGCCAGGAGGAGCCCCAGAACCUGCAGACCACUGUGUGCACCGACGGCUUCGACGAAUUCCAAGUGCGCCUGCAGGAACUCGUCUCCUGCAUCACUCAGGGGGCAGAUGCAGCUGUACCCAGGCGAGCCGGCCCAGAAGCUGCCAGCACUCCCAGGGACUCUCUUGACAUUGACCCGCCAGAGGAGAUGCAAAGGACUCAGGCCCAGGCCCCGGGGCUGGCUGAGACCCAGACUGUGACUUUGGUGCAGCCGGUGCCUGGGGUACACCCGGUGCCGGUACACGCCUACUCCAUCAAAGACGCCUCCUGCGAAGAGGAGGUCUGCAACACAGUCACGCCCCAGAAGAGGAAGUCCUGCCAGACUGAGUGCUCCAGGAAGGCCAUCAAGAUGGAGUCUGAGGAGGAGAGGGAGAUACGGUUGGCCCGGAGCUCCCCCGAGCAACCCAGGCCCAGCACCUCCAAGGCAUUCUCACCACCCCACCUGGAUGGGCCCUCCAGCCCUGAAAGCCCCAUUGUGGGAAACGAGGUCUUUCUGCCCAACAGCAACCAUGCGGCCGGCGACCCCGGGGAGGCAGAGGAACGCGUCGUGGUGAUCAGCAGCUCGGAAGACUCAGAUGCUGAAAACUCGUCCUCCCGAGAGCUGGAUGACAGCAGCAGCGAGUCCAGUGACCUCCAGCUGGAGGGCCCCAACUCCCUCAGGGUCCUGGACAAGAGCCUCGCCGACCCCCAAGCAGAAGACAGGCCCCUGGUUUUCUUUGACCUCAAGAUUGACAGUGAAACCCAGAAGAUUAGCCAGCUGGCGGCCGUGAACCGGGAGAGUGAGUUCCGCGUGCUCAUCCAGCCCGAGGCCUUCUUCAGCGCGUACUCCAAGGCCGUCUCCCUGGAGGUGGGGCUACAGCACUUCCUUGCUUUUCUGGGCUCCAUGCGCCGCCCCAUCCUGGCUUGCUAUAAGCUGUGGGGACCCGGCCUCCCCAGCUUCUUCCAGGCCCUGGAAGACAUGAACAGGCUGUUGGAGUUUCAGGAGGCCGUCGCGGGCUUCCUGGCCGUGCUGCCCCUCAUCCGGGAGCAGGUGCCCGGGGCCGGCAGCUUCAAGCUCCAGAGUCUGGCCAAGACCUACCUGGCGAGAAACAUGAGCGAACGCAGUGCCCUGGCCGCCGUGCUGGCCACGCGGGACCUGUGCCGGCUCCUCGACAUCGGCCCGGGCCCCCAGCUAGCUCAGCACGUCUACUCCUUCAGCAGCGUGCAGUGCUUCGCGUCCCUGCAGCCGCUGGUGCGGGCGGCCGCCCUGCCCCGCGCCCAGGCCCGCCUCCUGGCCCUCCACAACGUGAGCUUCGUCGAGCUGCUGGCCGCACACCGCCGCAACCCCCAGCAGGGCCUGAGGAAGUAUAGCCGCUACCUGAGCCUGCCGUCCGCCUCGUCGCCCCCCGUGCAGCACGCCGUCAGCCUCCAGGCUCUGAGCGCCUACUUCAGAGGCCUGCCCGAGGAGCCCGUCGCGGCCCGGGCAGAAGGCGUCUCUGCUGCUGUCGCUGGCCGCAGCCUGGCAGAGAGGGUGUGCCAGCAGAGCUGAGAGGAGGCCCAGACUGGCUGCGAAUCUCUGGGGAUAGAGAGGGCCGGGGUCCCUGAGCCAGCCCCCACCCCCGGCCCGCCUGUCACAGCAUUUCCAAGUCCUGGCCCCCAGCACUCAGUUGUCAUUUGGUCUGGAAUCAAUUCUCUGGGACCAAAUUCCCCUUCUCUAAAAACCCCACAGAGAAGGUUCCGAGUCCAAGCGAGUCCAAGUCCUGACCCCCCAGGGGCCACCAGAUCCCCUUUCAGGCUUUGGGAGCACCCAUGGGUUGGGUUCCCCGAGUCCUGGCCCCUCUCCUCCAGGAGCCAAAACCAGGGAGUAAAGAAGGCCCAGCCUCUGGGCUGAAUGGCCCCCAGCCACCCAACCUGAAAUUUCCAUGAGUGUCCCUGCAGCCCCUCCCUGACCCCCAGCCACUGCCCUAGGGGACCUGCUGACAGCCCCCAUAGACACUGCCCGCAGCACCCCACAGGUACCCAAGUGCCUUUCAAACCAAGCCGCUGUCAUGAGUUUGGGUUCUCCCACCAUCUGCCUGUCUGAAGGCCAGCUCUCUGUUCACUUCUUUGGGGACAAAAAUGCAUUUUCAUCCCCAAAGGACCUCACACCUGCAGAGACAGAAGCUGCUGCCCCAUGCCUGCCCCUCCUUCCAAAGGCUGACCCUUCCAAGCUGGCUUCUUUCCUUCUGGCCACACAGGCACUCCCCCUCUGUCAGGCUUCGUGCUUCGGUCCUCAGACCAUCAGCCCCUCCCAGCAUGGCUUUUGCUCUCUCUGCGCUGCCCACCUCAGCCCCACUGAGGAAUGUCCCCUAACCCAGCUCUGCUUGCCACAUACACCAGGGACCCGCAGCGUUGGCAUCCCCCGAGAGCCUCUACCCCAGACCUCUGGAAUCGGCAUCUCCGAGGUGGGCCCAGCAAGCGGUUUUAGCAUGUCCUCCAGAGGAUUCUGACGCCCGCUAAGACUCGGAACCAGUGCUCUGAUAGGCUACUCCCCGAAAGCGCAGCAGAGUGCCGUAGCAGGGCAGGUCCUGGUCCUGAGGGCACGCAGAGGGUGACCUAGGAAAAGACCCCUCCCUGAGCGCUGGCAUCCCCACCUGCUCAAUGGGCCGGUUGGCCCAGCUGGUCUCAGAGCUCCCGUCCAGCUCUGCCAUUCUGGGAUUUUAGACAUGGACCGCUGCCACCGAGGCAGUGGGCGGGACAGUUUUCAACUUAAAUCCAAACUCUCCGCCCUAACCCCAGCCUUGCAGUCACACCAGAGGUCAAAAGCAGAAGGGAGGCAGGUCACUGCCUUCCCUCUGACCAGGAGAACCACUGUCCCCACCCUGCUCCCCUCCUCCCCUCUUCCUUGGCUCCCGCCACCGGACACAGCCCAGGCCUCCGGCCUCCAUUGCCCGAGCUUUCACAGGGGUGAGGUCUGCAUGCCCACACCUCAGCCCCCAUCCAACGGGAGCCCUGGAGACACACUGAAAGAUUGUAUUGGAACUGGCUACCACAGUGGGAGUGCUGGUCGACCAGGGAAUUCUGAUGCAUUUAAAAUAGGAUUCGCAUUCAAAGCAAGUGCUGGCUCAGAAGCUCCUGUGGGAACAGGCUGAUGGGGCCGCAGCCUGGCUGUGAUGACUGUCUUGGCAACUGCAAGGCAGCACCUGGACCACCACUCAUAUCCUCAUCCCUCAGCCUCACCCUGAUUUGGGCAGUGCCCACCAGCUUCCAGCCCCACAGCGCUUGCUCCCUGCAGAGUGCUUGCCACGGGUUUUAUAACAAAGGGCUGUUCUGCCCUCUCUGCAUUUAUCCAGCUUCUAAUAAAGAUGUGAAUGGUCAAA